UGAUUUUAUCAUUUUGAAUUUAUUAAUAUUUUAUUUAAUAUAUAAUUUUUGAGUCAUAUUUUCAAAACCCAUUUAACCAUUUAGUGAGAUCUAUUUUUAUCACUUUAACUUUUGAAAGCUAUUUAACGUAUAAAAAUUAAAAAAAAAAGACUAUUAAGUAGCUAGCACAACGAGAAAAUUUGUAAAUGACUAAAUGCCACGAUUCUACUUUUCAUGAUCGUUCUGAAUAUAUACUGUCUUAUAUUUUUCUACAAGUGAAAAGAUAAAUAAGGUCUAGGAAAGAAAACUGUAUAACAAACAGUCAAAUACGGUAAAAACUCUGCAUAAAACUUGGUGUCUAACGUUAACCAACUCUUGUUACUAACAAAACUACUUCUCCUAAUCGAAAGCCAAACAAAGAUAAGAUGAAAAUUUAUUACACAAUACACGUAAUCCAACCCCUAAUUAUAGUGUCAUUAUAUUAUCUAUUUAAAGGAUCGGAUCACAAAGUGAAUCCCAUUUUCAAAUCAAGCCACAAUAUUCCUCCCUUCCUUCCAAGCACAAAAGCAAAAACAAAAAUGGCAGGAGGAGCUUUUGUGUCAGAAGGAGGAAGUGGUGGAAGAGAUUAUGAAGGAGGAGUCACAGUUUUCGUUGUCAUAACAUGUAUGGUUGCGGCCAUGGGAGGUCUCCUCUUUGGUUAUGACCUUGGAAUCUCAGGAGGUGUGACAUCAAUGGAUGAGUUUCUUAGCAAGUUCUUCCCACAAUUAGAGAAGCAGAGGGUAAAGGCGAAGCACGAGACGGCUUACUGCAAAUUUGAUGACCAAAAGCUCCAAUUGUUUACUUCUUCUCUCUACUUAGCAGCUUUGGUAGCUUCCUUUGUGGCUUCGGUUGUUACUAGGAAGUAUGGACGAAAGGUUUCCAUGUUUACCGGUGGACUUGCUUUCCUAACCGGUGCACUAAUCAACGCCUUUGCCAUUAAUGUCACAAUGCUCAUCAUCGGUAGACUUUUGCUCGGUGUAGGUGUGGGAUUUGCUAAUCAGUCUACUCCAGUUUACCUCUCGGAAAUGGCUCCAGCAAAGAUAAGAGGAGCGCUAAACAUUUGUUUCCAGGUGGCUAUUACGUCUGGAAUCUUGGUGGCGAAUCUGAUCAACUAUGGAACAUCUAAUAUGGCUAAAAAUGGGUGGAGGGUUUCUUUAGGUUUAGCAGCUGUUCCAGCAAUUCUUAUGGUGAUCGGAUCAUUCUUUUUGCCCGAUACACCAAACUCAAUGCUUGAGAGAGGAAAAUACGAGGAAGCAAAACAAAUGUUGAAGAAAGUACGAGGAACAGAAAACGUUGACCAUGAGUUUCAAGAUAUACGCGAUGCAUGUGAAGCUGCUAAAAAGGUAGAACAUCCAUGGAAAAACAUCAGGCAGAGCAAAUACAGACCAGCUUUAGUCUUCUGCUCGGCCAUUCCCUUUUUCCAGCAGAUUACUGGAAUUAAUGUCAUUAUGUUCUACGCUCCUGUUCUCUUCAAGACUCUUGGUUUUGGAGAUGAUGCUGCUCUUAUGUCGGCUGUAAUAACCGGUGUAGUUAACGUGCUCGCGACCUUUGUCUCCCUAUACUCGGUUGAUAGAUUUGGAAGAAGGUUUCUUUUCCUUGAAGGUGGCAUUCAAAUGUUCAUAUGUCAGAUUCUUGUUGGUUCAUUUAUCGGUUUAAAAUUCGGAACCACGGGAACUGGAACCUUGACACCAGCAACAGCAGACUGGAUUCUUGUUUUCAUAUGUGUGUACGUUGCUGGAUUUGCAUGGUCAUGGGGUCCAUUGGGUUGGUUAGUACCCAGUGAGAUCUGUCCAUUGGAAAUCAGACCAGCGGGACAAGCCAUCAACGUCUCAGUCAACAUGUUCUUCACUUUCCUCAUCGGUCAAUUCUUCUUGACAAUGCUUUGUCACAUGAAGUUUGGUCUCUUCUACUUCUUCGCAGGCAUGGUUGCCAUCAUGACCAUCUUCAUCUACUUUUUGUUUCCGGAGACCAGAGGUGUUCCCAUUGAAGAGAUGGGAAAAGUUUGGAAGCAACAUUGGUUCUGGAAAAAUUACAUUCCAGAUGAUGCAGUUAUUGGUGGAAAUGAUGAAAACUAAACCAAUUCGUUUUAAGCGAUAUUGGUUUGGGCAUAUAUGUUUCUCAAUUCCGGUUGUUGCGCUAGCCUUAAUUUUUAUUAUAUCUUUUUUUUUUUUGAAUGAAUGUUAAAUUUAUUCAAGAAAAAUCCUUUUUACAAUGGAUGCAACAGAAAUUGA